UUUUCUGGUGCGUUCACGUUCUUUCCAGAAUCCCCCCCUACCCCUACUUUCCUUCUCUAUAAAUAUCACUCUAGAGACAACCAGACAGAGAGAUUACGAGAACCAAGGAGAGAAGAAAAGAUACACAGAAAUCGAAAAUGGCGAAGUUUUUUAGUCUGAACACGGGAGCAAAGAUGCCGUCAGUGGGCCUUGGCACUUGGCAAGCCCAGCCCGGCGUCGUCGGCGAUGCUGUCGUCGUUGCUGUUAAGGCUGGGUACAGACACAUAGAUUGCGCUGCGAUUUAUGGGAAUGAGGAGGAGAUUGGUUUAGCUCUUAAGAAGCUAUUUGAAGAUGGUGUUGUAAAGAGAGAAGAACUGUUCAUCACCUCCAAACUCUGGUGCACUGAUCAUGAUCCAGAAGAUGUGCCCGUGGCAUUGGAUUUGUCACUGAAACGACUACAGCUCGACUAUCUUGAUCUUUACCUUAUUCAUUGGCCAUUCAGACUCAAGAAAGGUACAACACUAAGUGGAGAGAAUGUGAUACCAUCAGAUAUCCCCAGCACUUGGGCUGCGAUGGAGAAGCUGUAUGAUUCUGGUAAGGCCAAGGCCAUUGGUGUGUGCAACUUCUCCUGCAAGAAACUAGUGGAUCUGCUCGCUGUAGCUCGUGUUCCCCCAGCCGUUAACCAGGUCGAAUGCCACCCCUGCUGGCAACAGAAGCAGCUCAGGUCCCUCUGCAUGUCGAAGGGCAUUCAUCUCAGUGGUUACUCUCCCUUGGGCUCGCCAGGCACAAAAUGGAUGAACAGCAACGUGCUAUCCCAGCCGAUUAUUACCGAGGCUGCAGAAAAACUAGGGAAGAGCCCCGCACAGGUUGCUCUGCGCUGGGGGGUACAGACGGGUCACAGCGUGCUACCUAAGAGCACGAACGAAGACAGAAUAAAGGCGAACAUCGAUAUAUUCGAUUGGUCGAUACCCGAGGAUCUGUUUGCUAGGUUUGGAGAGAUUGAGCAAGCGAGGCUGGUGAGAGGCGACUUCGUCGUCAAACCGGAUGGUGUCUACAAGAGCGAAGAGGAGCUCUGGGAUGGAGAGAUAUGAACCAAGUAUUAUUAUUAGUACCGAGUUUUUAAUGUGGCAUUCAAGCGUAUUAGUAAAAAAUGCUGGGUUAUGUAUUGACGUUGUGUUUAAUGAGGUGAUUUUACUAGAUAAAUAUAUGAAUAAAUGCGUGAACGUUUUAUUUUUA